AUGAUUCCACUCGCACAAAGGGGUUGUGCUGUUACUUGUGUCUUCUCUCCUGAUGAACUCCAAGUUCUUGCUGAAUGGAGAUUUGAUCUUGACAACAUAGCUGCCAAUGGGUUUGAUCUUCGUCCUGAAGUAAAAGCUCAAGGCUGGGAAGAGUACUUCAACAGGCUUCCUGGUCCAGUGUACAUUAAAAUGGUAAAGGAAUUCUGGAAGCAUGCCGACUGUGAUGACAAUCAAGUAGUUUCCUACAUUGCGGGCAGAAGAAUCAUCAUCACGGAGAAGUCAUUUGUCGAUCUUCUGGGCGAAGAUACCAGUACCGGCUACAGAUUCCAAUUACAGGAAUCAAAGGUGAAGCCAAAGACCAAAGAUGUUGUUAAUCAAGCCCUCUACAAAAACUGGUGGCCAGGCAAGAAUGACUGCAAAGUAAUAGAACUUCAUCCUAAGCUGAGGAUUUUGCACAAGAUUAUUCUACAUUGCUUCAAUCAAAGGCCAAAGGGAAGAUCUCCAGACUACAUCAAUUUCUGUCAGAAAGUGAUGCUCUUCUUCAUUCAGGAUCGCAAGAAAAUCUGUCUUCCUUUCUUCCUGUUCUCUUAUCUCAAAGAGUGCAUCAAGAAGUCAAGAACAACUGCUUCUCUGAAAUCUGCAAUCAGAUACAUCCCCUUUGGAAGAUUGCUCUCAGACCUCUUCCUGGAAAGCAAGUUGAUAGAGGAUCUGACUAAAGCAGGUUGCACAGAGGAUCUGACGACGAUUGUUGGUGAUGUCUUCUCUCCCUCAACCAUGAAAAGAAUGGGAUUGAUCAAAACAAAGGUUCCUCCUGUUCAAGAAGACACCUCUGACGAAGUCAGAAGAAGAAGAGUCCCUUUGAAUGAUUACCGUCUAUGGUCCAAAGCUGAUGAUCCAGUUGCUAUCAUGCACUAUUUAGAUGAUCUGAGGGAGCAAGGUUUUGAAAUAGAUGUGGAUGAGUUCUUCAGAACCCUGCCACCAGCUCCAGUUUAUGAUUCUCCUCCAAAGAAGAAGAAGAAGAUGAAAAAGAAGAUUGUAAAGGAUACCUCUGAAGAGAAUGAUCCCUCUGAUGAUGUUGAUCAGCCAAUCAAGAAGAAGGAGAAGCCUAAGAGGAAACACGAGGAACCCUCUAAGCCAGAUGCUCCAUCUGAUGGUGAUGAUGAUGAUGCUCCUCCACCAAAGAAGUUGAAAAAGCAAGUAAGAAUCGUGGUGAAGCCGACUCGUGUGGAACCAGCUCUUGAGGUAACCAGAACUGAGGCUCCUGCCAGGGUUACCCGAUCUGCAGUUAAAUCAUCAAGUAAGUAUGCUGUUUCAUUUGAUGAUGAUGAUUUAAACUCUAUUGAUGCACUACCAAUUUCUGCCUUCCUAAAUCGCACUGCUACUCCACUCUCUCCUGUUCAAGAGUCCUUACCAGCAGACCAAAACACCUCUCCCACUUCUUCACCCAGAUCUUCAUUCUUUCAACCCUCUGAUGAAGAAGCACCUCUUUGGAAUAUGCUUCAGACUCCUAAACCCUCUGAGCCUACCUCACCUAUUAUCCUUCAAUAUAAUCCACAAGCCUCUGAACCCAACAUUUCUGAUCAACCUAACCCUGAUCCCAGAAUUUCUGAUCACUCUGUACGCAGAGUCUCUGAUCAUACUAUUCGCAGAACAUCUGAUACAGACAAUACUGCUCCUUGUCCUUCUGUAUCAUUUCCCACAAACGUUGCCAACUCUUCACCCUCAAAUAACUCUGAGUCCAUUCGCAAAUUUGCUUAAAUUGCGAAAGAGAAAACUUCUGCUAUUCCUGACUACUAUAAGACUAUUCCUAGCCCAAGGAAAUAUCCUGGACCUAGACCAGAACCUCUGGUUGAUCCAGAUCAUCCAAUUCCAGUAGUCCCUCUGAAUGCAGCACCUCCCUCACCUUCCCUGAAUGCAGCACCUCCCUCACCUUCUCAUGUACAACCAGAAACUUUACAACCAGAAAACUCUGUCUCAAACCAUUCCUCAGUUAAAUCUCAAAACUUGAGAUUGAGACUUCUCAGCCUAACCUUGAGAACAACACUUCAAAUAUCCAAACUUUAGAUGUUGGUUCUCCUCAGGCUGCUUCUGAAGCAAAUAGUAGCAAUCACCCUCCUUCUCCUGAAACAAACCUAUCCAUUGUUCCUUAUACCCAUCUCAGACCCAACUCCCUUCUUGAGUGCAUCAAUGUGUUUAAUCAUGAAGCAUCAUUAAUGGUUCGCAAUGUGCAAGGUCACACUGAUCUUCAUGAGAACCCAGACUCUGUUGCUGAAGAAUGGGAUCGUCUGUGUGAUUGGAUGAUCGCUCAAGUUCCAAUCAUGAUGAGUCACCUCACGACUGAAAGGGAUCAGAGGAUUGAAGCUGCUAGGCAGUGUUUCAACAGAAGAUUGACUAACUUCUCUUUAUUGCAAUAUGUGAUUACUUACCCUGUUAUUCCUUUUGCCUUGUGUCUUUUAUUAUUUGUGUUUAACAUAACAUAUAACUAAAACUCUUUUUUAUUAAUUACUCUAUAUUACACAAGCAUUAGCAUUACAUCUGCAUUUUUUUCCUAGAAUGGAGGAUCCUUCCUCAUUCUUCUACACUCAAUGUGCUGCUCUGCUCUAUCUUUCUCCAGACGAUAGAGUCUAUACUCUAUGUUGCAGAGUCUUUGGCUCAGCUCUCCUCCAUCGUCUCCAGAGUUUUCUGCACUGCUUCCUUCUCUUCCAGCAGAUUCAGAUCCAGCUUGCUCAGCUCCUGAAUCUCCUCCACGAAGCAGAGGAACUCCUUUAGAUCUUUUUCCAAUUCUGGACUCAGAUCUUUCUCCAGCAGCUUUGUAGUCAGCUCAUGUAUUGUUGUCGGACCCUCUGGGUGCCUGAUCUUGAUGAAGAGAUCUUCAUCAAAAGCCUUCCUUCUGAGCUCCUCUAAUGCAACGAUGUAUGCUGCCAUUUAUUUUUCUGAAGUAGUCUUGUUGUGAAGCCUACUUUGUUCUUAAUCGCCUUAUAUAAGCACCCUUCACUCUCCAGAAGUUAUUGCUCUUGCGGUUUCUCGAGGAUUCAUAGUUGGGAAACUGUUCCGUUCUUAACUCCUUGGCCGGUGGUAAACGUCUUUUUAUCUUCGCCAGUAAACGUCUCAUUUAAUUCUCUGCAUCCGCUUUAAUUUAUCUCACUACAUAACUAUUUUCUUAAUUACUUACUACUUUUUAAUUGUUAUCUUUUUAACUUAGUCCUUCUCUAAGGGGGAGUACCUUGUACUUCAAGCUAAGUUUUUCACACCUCGUACUUUUUGCUUAUGACAAAAAGGGGGAGUACAUAAUAAGUUUUUGAUGUGUAGGCUGUGUUAGUGUGAUUUCUUUUUCUUUUGGAGAAUUUCAAGAGAUCUCAUCUUUAUGACUAUAGAUCUGUCUGAGGGCAUAUACAAGGAAUACAUUUUCACUUCUUCUGAAGUGAUCGUAUGCUAAAACGGUUUACUCAGAGAUGAUAUUAUGCUCUUUACUCUGAAUAGUUUUGCGCUCUGAUAUUCACCAAUUAUCUAUGUCAUAUACUCUGACGCUGAUCUCAUUCAUUCUUUAGUUCAGAAUCUAGAUAUUACUAAUGUUUUCCGUUAAGUCUUAGAUUCAGGGGGAGCUAAGCUCAAGAAUCAAGCUGAGACUUGGAUUCAGAAUGAGCAAUAUAAACCAUUCACCUCAGGAUAAGUUUAUCUCUAGUCUCUAAACUCUGAGUGAAUUCAGUUUAUUGUUUAAGAAUUGUUCAUCAAAAUACUUGGUUUUGCCAUCAUCAAAAAGGGGGAGAUUGUAAGAUCAAGUUUUGAUCGUGUAGUACAACUCUAUGUUUUGAUGAUUACAAGUUAACUAUUGUGUACGAACAAUUGUGGUACUCUAAUGUUGUUUUCUGAGUGUUUAUAUGACAGGCUCUAACUCUUGUCUAACUACACACAAAUCAUAAGCACUAUGUUCAAAGAGUAACCUACGCAACGCUUUCGCAAUCUCUAUGUUCAAUCUGAACAGUAGAAAAAGCUUCAGAAGAUCUGAAGUUACUAAAGCUCUGAUAUGGAUUUAGUUCACUUGAAGUUCUGAAGACCAGAAGUUUUGAAGGUCCAGUCGCUCUGAAGGUUCAGACGCUCUGAGAGUCCAGAAGUUCUGAAGGUCCAGAAGCUGAAUAGUGUAGACUCUGAAGUCCAAGUGUAAGCUGGCUCUGAAGACCAAGUUAUCUCUACUCUGAUGUCCAGAUGCAGAUGAUACGAAGGUCAGAGGAUCCAAGCUUCCCUCUGACUCUGAUCACCAAGCUUUACAAGUUCCCACAUGAAGCAUCACUCUGAUCAGAAGUCUCCUAGGUUAAAGGUCACGUCGCUAUCCAAAGUACAAAAGGACUUGUACAAUUCAUGACGACCUUACCUACCAAGUUCAGCUACAGCAGAACCUGGAAUUUCCAGAUCUGCCCUCCAACGGUAGCAUCUCAUGCAAACCCUAUUCCUUGGAGUAUUUAAAGUAGCUGAAGAUGAAAGAUGCCGCCUAAGAAACUUUGUUCAAGCACAAGCAAUAUUUCAAUAUUCUCUUAAGCAAUCUUUCUUCAUUGAAUUCAUUGUGUUUACUACAAGCUUUUCUAGAAGCAACUUCAUUGUAAACCAAACCUCUUAAACAGUUUGUUUAGUGUUCCUUAAGGAGACCAAGGUUGGUUAGAUCCUUGAGAAGACUAAGAGAGUGAAUCUUAGUGUGAGCUAAGUCAGUGUAUUGUUAGUCACUUGUAGGUUUCAAGUGCAGUUGGAACAAAACUCUGAUUAGUGGAUUGCCUUCAUUAUAAGAAGGAAGAAAUCACCUUCACGGGUGGACUGGAUUAGCUUGAGUGAUUUAUCAAGUGAAGCAGGAUAAAAUCCUUGUGUGCUUUUCUUAUCUCUUAUCUUAAGCACUUUACUUUGAAUCGAGAUAGAUUUGUUAAAAUCUCAAGUGGGAAGUUUUAUCUUGAAAACGCUAUUCAAACCCCCCCUUUCUAUCGUUUUUCAUACCUUCAAUUGAUAUCGCUAGUUCUGUGACCCGGUUUAUUACCGGAAGAGGCUGCUUAAUCCUGGGGGAGUGUUUGAGAUAAUACCCGAAUAAAACUCUCAAGAACAGCGAAUUGAUUUUCGCGACUCAGCUUGUUUUAUUAUAUUGGAGGUUCUAGUUCGUGAAGGUGUACGGUUCAUGUUGUUGCUGAUUCUGUUCCAACCAAGGUUGUUGUCCGGUUCGAUGUUUGCGUUGUUCAUCCCCAAUUUUCCAACAAGCAUGAGAUUCUUUUUGGUACAUCGGAAAGAUAAAUUACUCUAUUCAGGAAUUGAUCCUAGACCUCCCCCACGCAACUCAUAUGUCUUCUAACUCUUAUCACUUGAACUAUCAUUCUGGAACAUAAAGUUAUCUUAACUUAAUUUAUUUUUAAAAUCGUAGUUUUUUUUUUAUUUUAUCAUUUUAAUUCUAAAAAUUUCACAUUUUUUAAAUUCUAAUCUAUAUACUUUAGAAAAGAGGAAGGUUGUGAGCCCCACCUCUAUGAUUUGGCACUCCAGGAAUGACUCUCACCCUCCCCCCCUCUUUGCAUGACAAGUAUCACCUUCUGAUUGUUUUGGACCAAAAUAGUAGAAGCCCAUUUUGAUUUCAGUUUUUUUAUGAAAGCUCAUUAUUCAAAGUAAUUUGAAUGAUGAUUUUGUUUUUAUUGUUUUAUUACCCAUAAUUAAUUGUUAACAUAAAAGUUGUAUACAUAUACCAUUAUACCAUUGAUUAUCAUUUUUCAAAAAAAAAAUCGAAUUUUUUGUAGGCAUGAAAAGGGUAAUUUAGUAAGGUGAAAACAUUCUCAAAUUCAACGUUUAGGCUGCAGAAACUUUUUUUUUUUGAAUCUGAAUCUUCAAACUAUUUUUAAAACGAAUAUUCACAGCCUUGAAUUUGAGAUUCAUCACCUGCACUGAAUGAAGAAUUAAUGAUGUUAAUUCUGUUAAGGAAAAGAAGUCAAGAAUUAAAAGGGUGUUAAUUCUGCUGAGCAAGUCACAGGUUAAUUUCUUUCAAGCAUUCACACCAUGUUAAUGCUGCUUUAAAAGUCAAACCUUAAAAACUUAAUUUUGAGAACCAUAUUAAUGACCCGUUCUUGAAAGAAAUACGCACUGUUUUUUUUUGUGCGAAAAUAAAGAAAUUAAUUCUUGAAAGAAAUUAAUAUAAUUUGCAAAAAAAUUCAAACCUUAAAUACUGUAAUAACACCAUGUUAAUUGUGUUUCCUAUUUUCCUUUAAUUACUCAUCAGAAUGAGUAAUUCACGUGUAACGCAUGAUAUUUGGUCCAUAUUAAUUAAUUUCAAUAGUGAAAAUUGAGCUGGAAAAUUUUUUUACCUCCUUGCACUUAGAUUUGUAUUACCGUUUAACCUUUUUUUUUUUCCUUUUUUAACAUUCAUUGACCAGUAACCCUAAUUCUCAAAUUCCUAUAUAAAUCAUCCCAUGCUAUUCUUCAACUUCAUCAUCUCUUCCCACCAACUAUUAGCUUUGAAAUAUACUUUGUUCUAAUGGCUUUCGACGAUCUCGCCACCAUCGAUGCCUCAAAGGAGAACUGGUCUAUUGUUGCAAAGGUGAGCCGUUGGUGGCUUAGUCCGAGCUUAUAUGGCUCCAAGCUUCCAUUUACCAUGGACAUGAUUCUUAUGGAUGACAAGGUUGUAAGAUUCAUUCUUCGGUUAGGAAGACUCUUAUAUACCGAUUUCAAUCUUUGCUGAGUGAAGGAGGUGUAUAUCAGAUUUCGUUUUUUGGUGUUGGUGAAAGCGGUCGUAAUUUUCGUCCAACCUCGCACCCAUUCAAGAUCAACUUUGAUAUUCAUACAUCAUAGAUGACGAAGGAGUUGUAUCUAACACUACCCGCAACGUAGUGUAUCAAGAAGUCUUCGAUAAUAUUUGCCAUCAUAAAAAGAUAUCAAGUAAUUUAUUGAUCAUCUAAUUUGAAGGUGUAUUGACGUUUCUAUAAGGUUCUAUAGCUCAAAUAUGCUUGAUUGACAACAAGCUCUGUUAUGAAGUUUUUAUUAUUAAUCAUGGACUACAAUUUCGAAUAAGGGUUCAUGUUGCUGUCAUUGUUAUGUUUAUCUUAUUUCAAUUUCAAUGUAAUGCAUUACUUAAAAACUUGGUUUUUAUUACUAUUCAAGUGUUGACACUGUGAAGUAUCUACAACCACAUCAAAUUAAUA